CCUUCAGUUUUUCCAAAAAAAAAAAAAAAGGAAAAGAAAAAAAGAAAAAAAUAAAUAAAUAAUUAAAAUAUAACAAAUUUUGGGUCUCCCUCAUUCCAAGCCCACAAGUCCACGAAAAUCAGCUAUAAAUAUAAGAGUUUCAGUAGGGUUUCAGACACUUGGAAAUUCCCUGAGAAAUAGACUUGGAGUUCACGUGGAGUUUCAAACCUAGGAACUACUCUGCAGCAACCUUCGGGCAGCCCUGAGAAGUUCAUUCCGCCUCACGCAAACCCUAAACGUUACUUCGCCAAUCCGGCCUUGCCUUCCAAUUUUAACAGGUCUCUCAUCAGGUAUGCCUCUGUUCCUAUUACUCUAUGCCUCGGGUUGAAUACUGAAUAUAUGAGGUAACCUCAGGCUUGGCCCUCAGGGUUAUAUUUGUGUAUGAAUAUGUGAUUUAUGCCUUGACUGUUUAACAGUUUCGUUUAUGAGGUGAAUGCCAUAGGAUCUGGAAUCUUUAACAUCGUGCAGGUACCAAUGGGAAAUCCAAAUCCCGCAGGUGCUCGCUAGCCGCUUCGCUAGGCGAGCACGCAGCGAAGCUUCGCUAGGCUUUCGCUAGGCGAAGCAGUCGCGAAUGUGACAGUAUCUGCUUUAUUCCGUUUUGUUCUAACCUGUUCUUUGUGUUGCCAUGGCCUUGUUAUCUUUUGAUUUCAAUCCUGUUUGCCUAACCCCUUUUGUUGAGUUUUUGUGAGGGCUCACAUAUUCUCGCAGGGAUACCCUCCGGAGGUUUAUUCCGAUUUCCCGUACUGAUUGGUUUUCUUUGAUGGCAUCAGCUUGGGAGAAUCUCAGGGUUGCUUAUCCUUUAAUUGCUGUAACUUCGGAUCUUGAUCCGUGUGAUGCACAUCACCGGAUCCUAUUGAUAACGGUUCUGCUAUGGCUCGCUUCGACUUUGAAAAUCCAAUCUUUCAAGCUGAAGAAAAGGAUGAUGAAGAUUGUGAACUCCCUGAAGAACUUGCCAGGUUGUUGAAACAAGAGGAAAGGGUUAUUCAACCGCAUCAAGAGUUUGUUGAAGUGAUUAAUCUCGGCACCGAAGACGCCAAGAGAGAAAUCAAAAUAGGGGCUGCUUUGGAAGAUAAUGUGAAGAAAGGGCUGAUUAAAUUGCUGCAAGAAUACAUUGACAUCUUCGCCUGGUCUUAUCAGGACAUGCCUGGGCUGGACACAGACAUCGUGGUACACCGCUUGCCUCUCAAAGAAGGUUGUCCUCCGGUCAAGCAGAAGCUCAGAAGAACAAGACCAGAGAUGGCUGUCAAGAUAAAGGAAGAAGUGCAAAAGCAGUUGGAUGCAGGGUUUCUAGCAGUCACCAAUUAUCCGCCAUGGGUUGCAAACAUCGUCCCAGUACCUAAGAAGGAUGGAAAGGUACGGAUGUGUGUCGACUAUCGGGAUCUGAACAGAGCUAGCCCUAAAGAUGAUUUCCCAUUACCUCACAUCGACGUUUUGGUGGAUAAUACAGCUCAGUUCUCGGUAUUCUCCUUCAUGGACGGCUUUUCUGGCUAUAACCAAAUCAAGAUGGCACCAGAAGACAUGGAAAAGACAACUUUCAUAACCCCGUGGGGCACCUUCUGCUACAAGGUGAUGCCGUUUGGUCUGAAAAAUGCCGGAGCAACAUAUCAACGAGCUAUGGUAACUCUGUUCCAUGAUAUGAUUCAUCAUGAAAUCGAGGUUUAUGUGGAUGAUAUGAUUGCCAAAUCUCAGACAGAAGAAGAACAUUUGGUGAAUUUGCAGAAAUUAUUUGAGCGUUUGAGGAAAUUCAAGCUGAGGCUUAAUCCGAACAAGUGCACUUUCGGGGUGAGAUCGGGAAAAUUGCUGGGUUUUAUUGUUAGCGGAAAAGGGAUUGAGGUGGAUCCCGACAAAGUAAAAGCAAUACAGGAAAUGCCUGAGCCAAGAACAGAGAAGCAAGUCCGUAGUUUCUUAGGGAGGUUGAACUACAUUGCAAGGUUCAUCUCUCACCUAACAACCACGUGUGAGCCAAUUUUCAAAUUGCUGAGGAAAGAUCAGGCUAUCAGGUGGAAUGAAGAUUGUCAAAGGGCUUUCGAGAAGAUAAAAGAGUAUCUACAGAAACCUCCGAUCCUUAUACCUCCAGUUCCUGGGAGACCUCUGAUAAUGUACCUAUCAGUGACUGAGAACUCGAUGGGGUGUGUAUUGGGACAGCAUGACGAGUCUGGUCGAAAAGAGCAUGCCAUAUACUACCUUAGCAAAAAGUUUACCGACUGUGAAAUCAAAUAUUCGCAGCUUGAGAAAACUUGCUGUGCUUUGGCCUGGGUUGCUCGCCGACUGAGGCAGUAUAUGUUGAACCAUACUACCUUGUUGAUUUCUAAGAUGGAUCCAGUGAAAUACAUAUUCGAGAAGCCAGCUCUCACCGGAAGGGUCGCUCGUUGGCAAAUGAUUUUAACAGAGUAUGAUAUUCAGUACACGUCACAGAAGGCCAUCAAAGGGAGUAUUCUGUCAGACUACCUUGCCGAGCAACCGAUUGAUGAUUAUGAGCCAAUGAAGUUUGAAUUCCCUGAUGAAGACAUCAUGUUCCUCAAGAUGAAAGACUGUGAAGAGCCAGUUGUUGAGGAGGGACCUGAUCCAAACGAAAAGUGGACUUUGUUGUUUGAUGGGGCUGUCAAUACUAGAGGAAAUGGAAUUGGUGCUGUCAUUACAACUCCGAAAGGUGCCCACAUACCUUUCACCGCUCGUUUGACUUUUGAGUGCACAAAUAAUGAAGCUGAGUACGAGGCCUGUAUCUUGGGCAUUGAGCAAGCCAUUGAUCUGAGAAUCAAGACUCUGGACAUCUUCGGAGAUUCAGCUCUGGUGAUUAAUCAAGUGAAUGGUGAUUGGAAUACUCUCCAGCCCACUCUGGUCCCCUACAGAGAUUACACGAGAAGACUGUUGACUUUCUUCACAACGGUAAAAUUGUAUCAUAUACCUCGUGAUGAGAACCAGAUGGCAGACGCACUUGCUACUCUAUCCUCCAUGAUCAAGGUAAUUCGUUGGAACCAUGCUCCCAGGAUCGAUGUGAUGCGCCUUGACAGGGCCGCGUAUGUGUUUGCUGCUGAACUGGUAGUCGAUGACAAGCCCUGGUAUCACGAUAUCAAGUGCUUUCUGAAGAAUCAAGAGUACCCUGCAGGGGCAUCCAACAAUGACAGAAAGACUUUGAGAAGAUUGGCAGGCAGUUUCUUCUUGAACAAAGACGAUGUGUUGUAUAAGAGGAACUUCGACAUGAUUUUGCUCAGAUGUGUGGACAGACACGAGGCGGACAUGUUAAUGCAGGAAGUUCAUGAAGGUUCCUUCGGUACUCAUGCCGGUGGACAUGCGAUGGCUAAGAAAUUGUUGAGAGCGGGUUAUUAUUGGAUGACCAUGGAAUCAGAUUGUUUCAAGUAUGCUCGGAAGUGUCAUAAAUGCCAGAUUUAUGCUGAUAAGGUGCAUGUACCGCCGAAUCCUCUGAAUGUGAUGUCUUCGCCGUGGCCGUUUGCCAUGUGGGGUAUUGACAUGAUUGGAAAGAUUGAGCCGACUGCUUCCAAUGGGCAUCGCUUCAUCCUUGUUGCCAUCGACUAUUUCACCAAAUGGGUCGAGGCAGCGUCGUUCGCGAAUGUCACCAGACAUGUGGUUGCCCGUUUCAUCAAGAAAGAAAUUAUUUGUCGCUAUGGGAUUCCCGAAAGAAUCAUUACUGAUAAUGGUUCUAAUCUCAACAACAAAAUGAUGAAGGAGUUGUGUCAGAACUUCAACAUUCAGCAUCACAAUUCUUCCCCUUACCGCCCUAAGAUGAAUGGCGCUGUUGAGGCGGCAAAUAAGAACAUAAAGAAGAUUGUGCAGAAGAUGGUCGUCACGUACAGAGAUUGGCAUGAGAUGCUACCUUUCGCCUUGCAUGGGUACCGUACUUCAGUACGUACAUCGACCGGGGCAACCCCCUACUCCCUUGUGUAUGGUAUGGAAGCAGUCCUACCUGUUGAAGUGGAGAUUCCUUCCCUAAGAGUCUUGUUGGAUGUCAAGCUAGACGAAGCUGAAUGGAUUCGGACAAGGUUCAAUGAGUUGAGUCUUAUCGAAGAGAAGCGAAUGGCAGCCAUUUGUCAUGGGCAGUUGUAUCAGAGUCGGAUGAAGAGAGCUUUUGAUCAGAAGGUGCGUCCUCGUUGUUUCCAAGUCGGAGAUUUAGUGUUGAAAAGGAUCCUUCCUCCUCAGACAGAUCACAGGGGCAAGUGGACUCCUAACUAUGAUGGACCGUAUAUUGUCACCAAGGUUUUUGAUGGUGGGGCCCUAAUGCUUGCAACUAUGGAGGGCGAAGACUUCGCUUCCCCUGUGAACUCAGACGCAGUUAAAAAAUACUUCGCAUAAAAUAGACCCGCUGGACAGUAAAAAGAAUAGUCCAGGCAAAAAUGGGCAUCCCGGCGAACCAAGAAAAUGGAAAGGUUCGGGCAAAAAUUAGGGAUCAAAAAAUAAAAAAAGAUUGUACACCCGGUAAGUUGAAAACCUGAAAAGGCAACUUAGGCAAAAAUGGGUAUCCCGGUGGAUCGAAAACCCGAAAAGGGCGAUCCAGGCAAAAGUUAGGGAUUAAGCGAAUGACUGCGUUCUGAGUAGCUCUGAAUCUCAUCUCGUGCCAAUGACUGGAAAUUUUUGAAGGAUAGGAAACAAUCCAAUCACUCUUUCAGAAAGCUGAUCAUCUGGAGGAUCUUGAAGACGGGCAAGUCAUAGCCGAAUUGGAACCCAAUAGAAAUCCACUUCACAUUGCCAUUAGAUUAAUUUUUGUUUUAUCUAUUGUGCGAUUACCUCUUUCCAGGGAUUGCCUCUUAAUGUAAAUGCCUAUUCAGAGGCCAUUCAAUCAAUAAAAUCAUGUUAUUCAGUA